CGACAGCUGUUACGAACUCGUCAAGACCCGGUCUCGUAUGGACUCGAGGUACAUCAUCCGGGGGAAAGUCCUCAGAACCCGCGACCGGAGGGAGUGCGAGAUGGAGUGCGACCGGGAGUAUGACUGCAGGGGAUUCAACUACAGAUUCAAAACCAUCGGCUACGACCAAUACAGAGAUAACUGCGAAUUGAGUAGCGAAGGCGCAGGAAACCGUUAUAAUUUCUUGACUGAUGAUGACUUUGAUUUUUACGAAAAGUCGAGGAACUGCAGAAACAACGGCAACAAUAAUUAUGACCACGGCAACCAUAAUCACAAUAACUAUGGCAACAAUAAUUAUGGCAACAAUAAUUAUGGCAGCAACAACAACUAUGGCUUCAGAGAUGAGUGCUUCCGCCUGGCCAAAACCGAGACGACGGUUGAGCUCCCACGAGACCGGUUGGACGUGAGAGACAUCAGAGAGUGUGAAAUGGAGUGCAAGAGGUCCAGGAGGUUCACCUGUAGAUCAUUUGCCUUCAGGAAUUCAUCAGAAAGUGAAGGGGACUCAAAUGACAGGUACAGCAGCGGCGGGAACUGGGCAAGAGAUAACUGUUAUCUCAGCGACCGCGAGUUUCGGGAACUUAGCUCUUAUGACCUCUUGCAUGAUAGGUCAUUUGACUUCUACGAGCGGCGGCUGUACGACCGGGAGUGUGGCGUUGACGACAACGGCCACGGCCACGGGUACCCGGAUGAAGGCGGCGACAUGACGGUGAACGGAGUGCAGUGCUACAGAGGCCGGUGCCGCGAGGACCGGGAGGGAGGCUACUGGUACUGCCACACGGACUUCUCGGAGGCUUGGGACUACUGCUGCAGGCCGCGGGAGGUGUGCGGCUACUCCCAGGGCUACGACCAGAAGUGGUGCUACGUGGGCUCCGAGGGGCGGGAUCAGUGGCGCCCGUGCAAGGGUCAGGGGCGCGACAGAGACUACCUGAAGGAGGAGGAUCCGCCCAUGUCAGCUGAAGCCACGACCUACGACCCCUACCUGAACUUGACCUCUCUUGAAGUGCUUGACCUCGGGGACAUCUCGGGUUAAGAGGUCAUGUUUAUAAGGUUUAAAGUCUAGAUAUUGUAUUUUUUCUGUUUCUGGUCAUUUGUUUUUUCGGAUUUUAUGGUGUUGUAUUUUUUGGUAUUUGUAAAUUUGUUGCUUAUUCUUGUAUUGUAAUUGUGGUUAUUUUUUAAAACCAAAAAUUGAGUCUAAAUUGU